CGCACAAACAAAUAGAAAUGGUUGAAUAUAAAUAGGUUGUGGUUUUGAUGUGUGAGUGUGUGUGAAACUUCUGUUUUUUAAUUUUAUUUUAUUUUCAAACAAUUUAUUUAUUAUUUAAAAAUGAGUGAGUGGCGAUCGGUUACCGACAAUAGAUGUUAUGGAAUAGCAAUCUAUAAUAUCAUCUCAAAUGAUGAUUGUAAACUCAAUCUCACUGUUGGUGAAACCGUUCACAUACUCGAAGAGGAGGAGAAUUGGUAUUAUGGGUACUCUACAUCGGACCGUAGGGUACAAGGCAUCUUUCCCAAAUCGUAUAUACAUAUCACAGAAUGCACGAUCGACAGGAGCGGUCCUAAUCUCGUUUUUAUACCACAACAACCUUUAAUUGUUCACGAAAUCACGACGAUUUUAAGAGAAUGGGGUGCACAUUGGAAGGAUUUAUACGUUAUGCAUAGUAGAGAGUUUGAACGGAUGAAGAAUCAAAUUUACGAUUUAAUUAAGCAUAGAAGUAAAAUAAUUAGUGGCACACUACCGGUUGAUGAACUGAAACGUAUGACGAAACAGAUCACUUCGGAAAUAGAUAUGGGCAACAAACUGUUGGGACUCGAUAUGAUUGUACGAGAUAAAGACGGUAACUUAAUUGAUCCUGAGAAAACUAGUACAAUACAAUUGUAUUAUCAUCACAAGAAUGCGGCAGAACGUAUUAGGGACAAAAGGAAUAAAGUGAGUGAACACAGGGACAGUCCGGCACGGACCGCUCUUCAACAGUAUUCACACAUUUUUGUUGUGGCGGUCAAGAACUUUACUUGUAAAAUGACAGAGGAUGCAGAAUUACUUAUGACGUUAUACGAUGCAAAGGAGAAUAAGGCAAUUACGGAAAAUUAUGUCGUUCGAUGGUCCAAGGAUGGGCUUAUGAGUGAUUUAGAUCAGAUGUACACUCUUAGAGUUAUGUUUACGGAUUUAGGAAAACGUGAUUUGGAAAGGGAAAAAAUAUACCUCGUAUGCUAUGUGAUACGAGUGGGUUCAAUGGAAAACAAAGAAAUCGACCAUCGGCGAAGUUCCAUGUCGACAAAUUAUAAUAAAAAAAAUUGCAAAUUGGAAGUGAGGAAACCGUUUGGCGUCGCUGCUAAGGAUAUUACACCAAUCAUGUCCGGUAAAUUAGAGACUGAUUUAGAGCAGGAGUUUGUUGUUCCCUUCUACAGUUGUGAUAAAGAUAAUUUAGAUCAAACACUUCGUAAAUUUAUAAAUAAGGACACGAAUAAAAAUGAGGGCAAAAAUCAGGCGUUAUUUGUUAGCAUGAAAUUGUUGCACGGUGAUCUUAAACAGGUAAGGGAGGAAAAUCCUCACCUAAUACUGGGUAAUAUUUCUAUUGCAAGAAAAAUGGGGUUUCCCGAAGUAAUCUUACCCGGCGAUGUUAGGAAUGAUCUUUACCUAACGUUAGUUUGUGGCGAAUUUAAUAAAGGCAACAAAACUAGCGAGAAGAAUGUUGAAGUGGUUGUUAAAGUGUGUAACGAAAAAGGUGUUGCUAUACCAGGUGUGAUCUCACUAGGCGGGGGUGCUCCUCCCUUAAAUGAGUAUCGAUCUGCAAUGUACUAUCACGAAUACAAACCCCAUUGGUGCGAAACCUUUAAAGUUGCGAUACCAAUUGAGGAAUUUAGAAGUAGUCAUCUGAAGUUCACAUUUAAACAUCGCUCCACCAACGAAGCCAAAGAUAAAAGUGAGAAACCGUUCGCGAUGUCCUACGUUCGGUUAAUGCAGGAAAAUGGAACAACACUCAAAGAUGCGAAACAUAACUUAAUUGUGUACAAAAUUGACCAUAAGAAAUUUGACGACUCUGGUUUGGAUUACUUUAAGCUUCCGUCAACAGUGGAUGAAAUAAAGGACAGUAGCAGGCCGCAAACGAACGGGCUAUCUCUCAGUACAAAAGACAGCUUUACCAUAUCUACUAACAUUUGCUCAACAAAACUUACACAGAACAUUGACUUACUGGGUCUGUUAAAUUGGGCCUCGCACAAGGAGACAUUACGGGAGUCUCUCGUUGCGUUAAUGAAGGUAGAUGGUGAGGAAGUAGUGAAAUUUUUGCAAGACAUAUUAGAUGCCUUGUUUAAUAUUUUAAUGGACAAUCCCGAAUCUGAUAUUUACGACGAAAUGGUUUUCGAUUGUUUGUUACAUAUUAUCAGUCUAGUCAGUAGCGAUUGGAAAUAUCAACAUUUUGAACCAGUUUUAGAUUUGUAUAUUAAAGAAAGUUUUAGUGCGACACUCGCAUAUAGUAAAUUAAUUGUUGUGAUAAAAAAUUUAGUGGAUAAUGCAAUAUCGAUAGUCUCCAUUGCGAAAGAUAAUAUACUAUUCAAAGCAAUGAAAGCUCUACAGUACAUCAUGAGAUUUGUAUCUCGGUCUCGUUUGUUAUUCCGCGAGCUUUAUCCCGAGAUGAACGACGACAGUUUCGAGGAAAGUUUGAAAAGUUUGUUACAUAGUAUCGUAACGAUGAUGUGUCAAACGUCGGACACAUUGCUUCGAGAACAAGGUGCUUGCUUAAAGUAUUUGCCUAGUACAAUUCCUGAUAUUUUAAAGGUGUUUAAUGCUAAACAAUUGAGUAUUAUUUUGUGCGACUUACUGAAGAAUAUCCCUCCAAAUAGAUUAACAAAACAGAAAAUGAUGACUAUUAAUGAAAUAGUGCACAGCAAGUUAUUCCUGUAUCCUGAAUGUCGUCAAAUUCUCUUACCAGUUUUUACAAAACAAAUUAAAGUAUUGUUCGAAACUAGUGAAGAGGGAACUGGAGUGGGGCGUCAGGAGGGCCGCAGACAGUUUCGCUCGGUGGCCAAGCUCGCUCGAGUGCUGGGUGAAACUCAACAUUGUCUUAAUCAACACAGAGGAUAUUCAGAAGAGGUUGAAUUGUGCAUCAAAAUACUCAGCGAUGUUCUGGAUUUGUUGUUUCGGAAAGAUGUCGGUUCUACCGUGCACGAUAUUACAGAAAUAAUGCUUGUAGAUCUCCGCACUGUUAUUCAAAGUCAUAUAAAUAUGGAUAAAGAAAAUCCUUACUCUGGUAAUUUAGUCGCAAUUAUGAUCGAUAUCUUUCGUCAAAUGACAGAUUAUCAUUAUGAUAAGUACAUCGGUCAAUUCGGGACGAGAACUGAUAUUUUAGACUUUUUGAUGGAAAUUUUGUUGGUUUUUAAGGAACUCGUAAAUCAGUCAGUUUUUCCAUCGGAUUGGUGUGACAUGAUUAUGCUUCAAAAUUCUGUGAUAUUGAAAUCGUUGCGAUUUUUCUCGCAUACCAUACGAGAUCAUUUUUUUGCCAAAUUUGACAAUCAAGCAUGGAGUAAUUUUUUCCAUUGUGCUAUCGCAUUCAUGACCCAGCCUGCGCUUCAGCUGGAGACUUUUUCGCAUAAUAAACGAAUGCGAAUCAUUAAACGUUACAAAGAUAUGCGUAGAGAAACAGGCUUCGAAAUUCGUUCUAUGUGGUUUAAUUUAGGCCAAUAUAAGGUCCAGUUUGUUCCUAGCUUGGUCGGUUCAAUUUUAGAGAUGACUCUUAUACCUGAAGUGGAGUUACGCAAAGCGACCAUACCCAUAUUUUUCGAUAUGAUGCAGUGCGAAUUUUAUUCGUCUCGAUACGAAAUGGAGAGUUAUGGUGACACAAAACGCGAUUCAUCACAUAUAAAGGCGAAUUUCUGCGACUUCGAAAAUGAGAUGAUAGCAAAGUUGGAUAUCUUGGUGGAAGGUGGCCGUGGCGAUGAGCACUUCAAAAAUCUAUUUCAUGAUAUUAUGAUCGAUUUAUGCAGUCAGCAUACGACCAUGAAGGACGAUGGUAUUAAAUUCGUCAAAAUGGUCUCUCGUCUGAUGGAACGAUUACUGGAGUAUCGGUCGAUUAUUACUGAUGAAAAUAAGGAGAAUAGAAUGAGCUGUACUGUAAAUUUAUUGGACUUCUACUCUGAAAUAAAUCGUAAGGAAAUGUACAUACGUUACGUAAAUAAAUUAUGCGAUCUACACUUGGAAUGUGAUAACCACACUGAAGCUGCAUAUACUCUCCAAUUGCAUAGUAAUUUGUUGAACUGGUCGGACGAAAUGCUACCUCCUUUACUGAAAAGCAAUAGAUACAGUGACUGUCACACUCACCGCCAGUUAAAAGAGGCUCUCUUUUACAAUAUAAUUGACUACUUCGAUAAGGGAAAGAUGUGGGAAUGUGCCUUGAAAAAGUGUGAAGAAUUAGCAAGGCAAUAUAAAGAAGAAACGUUCGAUUAUGAACAAUUAAGCGAGUUACAUAAACGAAUGGCGCUCUUUUAUGAAGAUAUAAUGAGGAAGCUGCGAACCACGCCAGAAUAUUUCAAAGUCGCUUAUUAUGGGCGUGGUUUCCCCAUCUUUCUGCAGAACAAAACUUUUAUUUACAGGGGGAAAGAGUACGAACGUUUGGCCGAUUUUUCGUCGAGAACGUUAAACGAAUAUCCAAACGCUGAGCUUUUGAAUAAGUUAACUCCUCCAGGUGACGAUAUUUUGGAAUCCAAUGGGCAAUAUAUACAAAUAAAUCACGUCGAUCCUAUAAUGGACGAAAAGGCCCAGAGGUUUUCUGGUAAACCAGUUGCGAAUCAAAUUGUAAAGUAUUACAAAGUCAAUGACGUACAGAAAUUUCGAUAUUCGAGACCGUUCACCCGUAAAGACUUCAACAUCGAAAGCGACAACGAAUUUGCCAGUUUAUGGCUGGAACGAACUAUUCUGGUGACUACGUACCCUUUGCCCGGAAUCCUCCGGUGGUUUCCAGUUAGCUCGACGAACACAAUCGAAAUUUCUCCUUUGUGUUACGCAAUAGAGACUAUGGAGGAGAAGAAUAAAGACUUGAGAGAUUCAAUUAUGGGGUACAAUCAAGAUAAGACUAUGCCCAUUAAUCCAUUGAGCUUAAAAUUAACCGGGAUUGUCGAUCCGGCGGUAAUGGGCGGAACUACGAAUUACGAAGAAGCUUUUUUCACCCCCGAGUACAUAAAACAGUAUCCCGAAAACCAUGUAUUAAUUCAACGUUUAAAAGACUUGAUAGCCGAUCAAAUUCCGUUGUUGGAAUUGGGAAUACAGGUUCAUAAGGAUCGUGCGCCGACGUCGUUGCUGCCCCUGCAAAAGCGAUUGGAGGAUUGUUUUACCAAGCUGCAGGAAAAUGUUGUGGAAAAGUACGGCAAGAGGAAGUGUGAUUUAAAAUUAGAUCAGGUAACGAUGAGGCGGCAGUUUAGCAUGCCCCCUAACGCGAGGUACGCGGAAACGACGCAAAUUGGAGAUACUGGGGUUCGUAGCAGAAUACCAAGUGUAACAAGAGGUCAGGUAUCAUCCUUGAAACAUUUCACAGCAACAUUUAAUUUUACUGCUUCGACACCUGCCGCUAACAGCAAAUCGUCUUCCAAUUACACCAGCAAAAGUAGCUUAGUAUCGCCAACAAAAAGUUUAACAAGUGCGCCAUCAUUAACUUACAAAAAUAAAAAUAAAACGCCCAAAGAAAAAAGAAGAGGUAGUAAAGUUGAAACAACAUCCACGUCACCAAACAGUGGCGCUCAAUGGUAUACAACCGAUGAAGUAACGCCCAAUGGUAACCCCGUUUUCGAAUUACGCCAAGAGCUCACACCCAAAAGACCUCUACGGUCCGAAGUGGAACGUGAAAAACGUUUAAGUAGGCCACCCAGCGGACAAUUUUCCAGACCAUCCAGUUUGACAGUAAUAUUACGCACAAAUAACAGUUCUGGUAACAGUAGCAAUAGAGAUUCAAUAGGCACGACCGAUUCCAGCAUCAGUGAAGAAGAUUUGCUACCUCCGCCGUUGCCUACAAAAUCACGUGAAGCAGACUACUGCAAUUUACCAAAUAAUACCUGCGAAAAUACAAGUUUUCUUUAUACGUACCGAAACUCGUUGCGAUGUUCGUCGGUGCAUACAAAGCUACCGCCGCCCGAACCGAUCGACAAUGACGAUCCUCCCCCAUUACCUCCACCAAAACCACCCAAAAACAAGUGCCUUUAGUACAAAGCUUAAUUAAAUUUUGUUGUGCAUUGGUUAUUUAAACACACUCUUCCUACUCAAAGAUAUUACUUAGUAGCUUUGCAUUUGUAAAUUAUGUUUUUUAUACAGAGAUUUAUUUGUAUAUACAUUUUUGCUAUUAUUGUACGUAACAAAACACCAAUUGAUUGUUACCCAAGUGCCAUUAUUAUACAAUUUUUGAGCGUUUUUUUGAAAGUAGUUAUAAGUUUUUUAGGUAGAUAUUGUAAAAAUGCAUCGCAAUAUUAUAACCAAAGAUUACAAGUAUUAGAGGAGAUAUA